CCGCCCGCGACGGCCGCCUCCGUCUCCACCACCCCCGGCAGCUGCGGUCUUGGUCUGGUCCGGCCCUGGUCCGGCUCGCCCGAGCAUCUUGGACCUGAUCAGCCGUCUGCCCAUUGUUUCGCUCGGCCAGAGUGAUCCGUUCUGCAUCCGCUCGCCGACACCUUUGUCUGACCUUGCCUCGUCGCCCAGCUCCUUCUCCCGACUCGCGCACCCGAACCCGUCUCGUCCGCUCGCCGCCCACAGCGUUGCUUCCUCAUCCGCCCGAUCUGGCCCGCUCGUAGUCCUUUACCAACUACUCCUCCUGCUCCCUAUCUCUGUCUGAUCUAUCAAAGCUGCGAUGAAGGCCUCGCUUUUGACCCUGCUUGUUGCAGCCCUUGCGACCUCAUAUGCCACUGUUGUGCCCCAGCAGGUUGCCGUCCUCGUGCCCCAGCAACAGGACCUGACUUCGGGCUCGGUGAGCUCCUGUGCGUCCCUGACGGACUCUUUUGCGAUCGAGUCGAUGGAGAUCAGCCCGGAUCCUCCCAAGCGAGGGCGCCCCCUGGACGUCAAGGUCCGCGGAUAUCUGAACGACCAAGUCGACGUCGGCGCCUACCUGCAAGUCCGGGUCAAGCUGGGUCUCUUCAAGCUCGUGGACACCCGCAUGGAUCUGUGCGAGGAGGUCAAGCAAAUCAACAUGGAGUGUCCCCUUGAACCUGGGUACUACGACAUCCACCACACCGCGGACAUUCCCUUCGAGGUUCCUCCGGGCCGCUAUCAAGUUCAUGCUGAGCUUUACCAUGCCGAUGGCCGAAACAUCUCCUGCGUCAACGCUGCCUUCCGCAUGUAGAUCCGGAGGCAUCCCCUUGUGAUGUUUGUGCAUAUAUCCCGCCCUUUGCUUGACUCUCUCCUUUACCACUGGAAUCCGCCUCUCCUCCGAAAGCAAGCCCCUCCAAUCCAGACCUUUCCCUUCUUGAGCCUCCUCCAUGUACACUCAAUAAACUGCACUUGUGCCCAGUGCCCUUGCGGUAGAA